AAAAAUGGCCAAGGCACCAGCAAUUGGUAUUGAUUUAGGAACCACCUACUCAUGUGUGGGAGUGUUCCAGUAUGGAAAAGUUGAAAUCAUUGCCAAUGAUCAGGGCAACAGGACUACGCCUUCCUACGUGGCCUUCACUGAUACUGAACGUCUCAUCGGCGAUGCUGCUAAAAACCAAGUGGCAAUGAAUCCCAAUAACACCAUCUUUGAUGCAAAACGUCUCAUUGGUCGGCGGUUCGAUGAUGCAACCGUCCAGGCUGACAUGAAACACUGGCCAUUCACAGUAAUCAAUGACAACACCAAGCCAAAAAUUCAAGUAGAAUAUAAGGGUGAAGCUAAACAAUUCUUUCCUGAAGAGAUUUCCUCAAUGGUUCUAAUUAAAAUGAAGGAAACAGCUGAAGCUUAUUUGGGCAAAACGGUAACAAAUGCAGUAAUCACAGUUCCUGCGUAUUUCAAUGAUUCGCAGAGACAAGCCACAAAAGAUUCAGGAGCUAUCGCUGGCUUGAAUGUCCUUAGGAUAAUCAAUGAACCUACAGCUGCUGCCAUAGCGUAUGGUUUAGACAAGAAGGCCAGUGGAUCUGGAGAGCGCAACGUCCUCAUUUUUGACUUAGGUGGUGGUACUUUUGAUGUAUCUAUCUUAACUAUUGAAGAUGGAAUCUUUGAAGUCAAAUCAACCGCAGGAGAUACUCACCUGGGAGGAGAAGACUUUGAUAAUCGCAUGGUGAAUCACUUUGCCCAGGAGUUCAAACGCAAGUACAAGAAGGAUCUCACGACCAACAAAAGAGCAUUGAGGCGAUUAAGAACAGCCUGUGAAAAGGCUAAGCGUAUCCUCUCAUCCUCUAGUCAAACCAGCAUUGAAAUUGAUUCUCUCUUUGAAGGUAUCGACUUCUACACCUCCAUCACCAGAGCUAGAUUUGAAGAAUUAAAUGCUGAUCUCUUCAGAUCAACCAUGGAACCGGUUGAAAAGUCACUGCGUGAUGCUAAGAUGGACAAAGCACAGAUCCAUGAUAUCGUCUUGGUCGGUGGUUCCACACGUAUUCCCCGUGUUCAAAAGUUACUGCAAGACUUCUUCAAUGGUAAAGAACUGAAUAAAUCGAUCAAUCCUGAUGAAGCUGUUGCUUAUGGGGCUGCUGUCCAGGCAGCUAUCCUCCACGGAGACAAAUCUGAGGAAGUCCAGGACUUGCUGCUUCUUGAUGUUACACCAUUGUCUCUUGGUAUUGAGACUGCUGGUGGUGUCAUGACUGUCCUCAUCAAGCGUAACACAACCAUUCCUACCAAACAAACGCAAACUUUCACAACUUACUCCGACAAUCAACCUGGUGUGUUAAUCCAAGUUUAUGAAGGAGAACGCACGAUGACCAAGGACAACAAUCUCCUCGGGAAAUUCGAGCUAACAGGCAUUCCUCCCGCGCCAAGAGGUGUACCUCAAAUUGAAGUUACAUUCGAUAUUGAUGCCAAUGGUAUCCUGAACGUUACUGCCAUUGAAAAGUCCACUGGUAAAGAAAACAAAAUCACGAUCACAAAUGACAAAGGUCGGCUCAGCAAGGAAGAUAUUGAGAAAAUGGUGUCUGAUGCUGAAAAGUACAAGCACGAAGAUGAAAAGCAACGUCAGGUCAUCGCAGCCAAAAACUCCCUCGAGUCCUACUGCUUUAACAUGAAAAGCACCAUGGAGGAUGACAAACUGAAGGACAAGAUCAGCGAGUCUGAUAAGACAGCUAUCAUGGAGAAGUGCAACGAAGUUAUUCGCUGGCUCGACUCAAACCAACUGGCUGACAAAGAAGAAUUCGAACACAAGCAAAAGGAACUGGAAGCCCUGUGCAAUCCUAUCAUCACAAAGCUGUACCAAGGUGCCGGUGGCGCUGAGGGAAUGCCUGGUUUCCCUGGAGGCAUGCCAGGAGCUCCUGGGGCUGGUGGAGCCGGUGCUGCCGCUGGUGGCCCAACCAUUGAAGAAGUUGAUUAAACUCAUUUCUCCUAAGUAAUUUCCUUUCUCUUAUACUGUCAUCAAUUUACUUUCUAUGAAUUUAGUCUCUUCCUUCAAACCAUCCUGGAAGAGUUUCCUCAGACUAGUUAAUUGUUAAUACCUUCUUUGUUGUCAGCACUUUUUAUCAAAUAGCAUGUAAUGUUCUGCUUGUGUGGAAGUUCUCACAAAUGCUUUUAUAUUUUUUCUGCCAAUGGUGUCGAUAAAAUACUUUGACAACUGCUAUACAGGACAUCAGUGCAUACAACACCGAAUUUUUCAACAAAUUUUAAAUUUUCCCAUUGUCCAGUUAAGAACAUCCUUUUAAUUUUUAAUGCCUUUCUUCUAAUUUCGGAUCAUGGAUGCCAUCAAUAAAACUAAUUCAUUUUAU